AUGGAGCAAAACAAGCAGGAUGCGCUUUUAAAGUACCACAAGUCGCUCAAAGACCACGCAGAUGCCAUGGAGACAAUGCGCAGGAUAAACGAGUCAAUAAAAACCCAAACACAGGAGUACGAGAAAACAGAAAGAGACAUAAACGCGCUGCAAAGUGUUGGACAGAUGGUGGGCGAGGUGCUCAAACAGCUGGACGAGGAAAGAUUCAUCGUCAAAACUUCGCAGGGCCCUAGGUACAUCGUAGGAGCAAGAAAGAGCAUUCCCCGCGAGCUGCUGGUCCUAGGCGCUCGUGUGGCUCUGGAUAUAACAACGCUCACGAUAAUGCGGCAUCUUCCCAGAGAAGUAGAUCCAAUGGUGCAUGCUAUGUCCAUAGAAAAGCCUGGAGACAUUUCAUUUGAGAGCAUAGGCGGUCUUGCAGAGCAGGUGCGAGAGAUAAGGGAGGUGAUUGAGCUCCCCAUUAAGAAUCCCGAGAUAUUCAGCAGAGUGGGUGUUUCUGCGCCAAAGGGAGUGCUGCUCUAUGGGCCCCCGGGUACAGGGAAGACUCUUUUGGCCCGUGCAGUGGCUGCUACUUUGGACUCAAACUUCCUGAAGGUUGUUAGCUCUGCGAUCAUAGAAAAGUACAUCGGAGAAAGCAGCAGAAUGAUCAGGGAGAUGUUCACGUACGCAAAGAAUAACCAGCCAUGCGUGAUUUUCCUCGAUGAAAUUGAUGCAAUUGGAGGGAAGAGGUCUUCAGAUAGCACUUCAUCCGACAGAGAGGUGCAGCGCACUCUUAUGGAGCUCCUGAACCAAAUGGACGGGUUUGAAGAGCUUGGGAGAGUGAAGGUGAUAAUGGCCACGAAUAGACCUGAUAUCCUCGACCCCGCCCUGCUAAGGCCCGGUCGUUUGGACAGAAAGAUAGAAAUACCUCUCCCCACAAGCCAAGGAAGACUGGAGAUACUUAAGAUCCACUCCGCAAAGAUGGAGAAAAAGGGAGAAAUAGACUACAACACCAUUGUGAAGAUGUCACACGGGUUCAAUGGGGCAGACAUAAGGAACAUAUGCAGCGAGGCUGGAAUGCUUGCUAUCCGCGAGGAGAGAGACUUCAUCAUGCAGGAAGACCUGACUAGAAGCGUAAGAAAGAUAGCAGACCAGAAGAAACUCGAGGGGCGUAUGGACUACAAAAAGGUAUAA